AUGGAUUGGGUCGAAGGAGUCAAACUAAGUGAGCAAGAAGCUAUUGAGAGACAAGGAUUGAAUGUCUUGGAUCUUGUGAAUACAGGCAUACCAUGCAGCCUCCGACAACUACUCGAGUAUGGAUAUUUCCAUGCAGAUCCACAUCCUGGGAACCUUUUAGCAACGCCUGAUGGGAGACUUGCUUUUCUCGACUUCGGAAUGAUGAGUGAGACACCGGAAGAUGCGCGAUCUGCUAUAAUUGGUCAUGUUGUUCACUUGGUUAACCGAGUUUACGAAGCUAUGGCUCGUGACUACUAUGCUUUUGAUUUCCUUUCACCGGACGUCGACAUUUCUCCAAUUGUGCCAGCACUUAGAGACUCUUUUGAUGACGCACUUAAUUAUACUGUGAGUGAACUUAACUUCAAGACACUAGUGGAUGGUCUUGGGAAUGUUCUGUAUCAAUUUCCGUUUAAUAUCCCAGCUUACUAUGCUCUGAUAUUGAGGUCUCUCGCUGUUUUAGAAGGUUUAGCACUUAAUGCCGAUCCCAACUUCAAGGUGCUUGCAGCUUCAUACCCGUAUUUCGCUAAGCGACUUUUAACAAAUCCAAAUCCAUAUCUGAGAGAUGCUCUUAUUGAGUUGCUUUUCAAAGAUGAGAAGUUUAGUGCAGCAUGGUCAUGCCAGACUCAGUCCAACUCCCUCAAUUUGAAUGUUGAUGCGGCAGCAGACGAAGGUUCUGGAAAGGAUUUCUCAAAGGUUUCAAAUGCAACCCUUGGCCUACUACACAUCCUUUGCAACUGCAUCACAACUUCUGAGCAUUGCAUGCUCUCCCUGUUUGUCAUGGACCUGGGAGCUGCUCUUGGCUGUUCUGUCAAAUCAUGUAAAAGAACUUAUCAUGUCACUUGUGCAAUUGUGUCUCAUCCUGCUGGUAAAUUUGUCUCUUUUCUAAACAAUGCUAAAAGUGCCACAGUUGGUGAUGCUGUUAAGAGGUUUGGUGUGAGAGCACGGUUUUGA